UCGGGGGGAGUUAGCGUUUAUAUGCCCAAAAGCUCUCCGUAUAAAACCAGCCAUGGCAUUUCCUUUCCCCUGCACUAUCUCUGAUAUUUUGAGGGCUUUCACCGAGUUCACGAUACGGGUUCUCCGAUAAAUUCCUUCUCAUUAAAUCCCAAAGGCCAGUUCUGUUUCUCUCUCAUCCUCUCUCUCUCUAGAAAUUCCACCUUCAGGAGUCCCAAUCCGUUCCGGGUUUUCUCACUCCUCCCUCCUCUCAAAAAUUCCCAUUCUCAUUCUCAUUCUCAUUCUCAUUUUCAUUUUCAUUCUCAUUCUCCCUCUCACUAGAAAUAACCGUCUAUGAAGUUCUCUUCUCUCUCACUCUUCCUACCCAAAAGGGGACUUUCUUUUCUAACUAGUGCUCCUCCUUUCUCUGCCAAUCCUCCCAUCAAGCACACCAAUUUUUGUUGGAUUUCUGAACUUCUAUGUUUUAAUCCUUUUAUGUUGAAAACUCUGCAAAUUCCUUCUCAAAGUCGUUCAUUUUCCUCAGAUUUCAAUCCAAAGCAUCUCUUUUCUACCACGGAAUGCAUGGAUGAGCAGGAAGAAAUCACCCCUAAUUCAAUCGAAAACUCAAAAGAUGCAGACUUGAUAACAAGAAUCUUGAUUGAGCACCACAACCCAUAUCACACAAUGGAAGCUUCUCUGCAACUAAAUGGUGUUCAUCUCUCUCCCCAUUUAGUUAACCAAGUUCUAUUGAGAUUACGAAACCUUUCGAAAAUUGCAAUGGGUUUCUUUGUUUGGGCAAAAGAACAAGCACUUUACAAGCAUGACUGUAACUCCUAUAACACCAUGAUCAAUAUUUUAGGCAAAGUUCGACAGUUCGAUGUGGCCUGGCAAUUGAUUAUAGAAAUGGGUCAGGAAGGAAACAUUGAAUUAUCAGAGAAAACCUUUGGAAUUUUGAUCAGAAGGUACAUUGCCGCAGGUUUCACUCGCCAGGCCAUUCGGACCUUUGAUGAUAUGGAAAGUCUUCUAGAGAAAGAAACCAGUUCUAGUGAUUUUAACAUGCUCUUGGACACACUUUGCAAAUAUGGGUUUGUUAAAGUAGCGACAGAGAUCUUUAACAAGAGAAAAUAUCAGUAUCCACCUGAUAUAAAGACCUAUACAAUUUUGAUUUAUGGGUGGACAAAGUCUAAUAAGCCAGCCAUGGCUGAAAAACUUUUCUCAGAGAUGACUAACAAAGGCUUAGAACCCAAUGCAAUAACAUAUAAUGUCUUAUUGAAUGGAAUUUGUCGAUGGGCUAGACUACAACCUGAAUUUAAAUUUCACGAGACAGUUGAAAAAGCUGAAAGGUUGAUAAUGGAGAUGAAAACCAGAGGAGUCGAGCCUGACGCAACCAGUUACUCAAUUAUCCUCCAUGUUUAUAGUAGAGCACACAAACCUGAGCUCGUGAUUUCUAAACUUAGAGAGAUGAAGCAAAUGGGUAUAUGCCCAACAAUAGCUACUUACACUUCGGUGAUCAAGUGUUUGUGCUCGAGUGGAAGAAUCGGCAUUGCUGAAGAAUUACUCGAUGAAAUGACCAGUAAUGGAGUUUCGCCUUCAGCUGCAACUUACAACUGUUUCUUCAAGGAAUAUGGGGGUCGAAAAGAUUCGGAAAAUGCAUUGAACCUUUAUAGAAAGCUCAAGGAACCAUCUUCUCUAUGCACACCGAGUAUUCAUACAUAUAAUAUACUGGUUGGAAUGUUUUGUAAAUUGGAUCGAAUGGACAUUGUUUUGGAGCUUUGGAAUGAUAUGAGAGAGAGUGGAACUGGGCCUGAUUUGGACUCAUACACUUUGCUGGUUCAUGGAUUAUGUGAGAAGAAGAAGUGGAGAGAUGCUUGUUGUUACUUUGUGGAAAUGAUAGAGAAAGGCUUCCUUCCACAAACUGUCACUUUUGAAACUUUGUACCGCGGUUUGAUACAGGCUGACAUGUUGAGGACAUGGAGAAGGUUAAAGAAGAAGCUUGAAGAAGAAUCAAUCAAGUUCAGUACUGAGCAUCAAAGUUACCAAUUCGUGCCUUACAAAAGAUGAUGGGGUGUGUCUUAAAUUGGGUUUUUAAUGGCUGUGAAAUCACUUUGCUCUUUGAUUGAAGAUGAUGGGUGGAGCUUAAAUUGGUUUUCAUAGCUGUGAAAGCCAUGGCCUGAGAGAGAUUGCAUAUCUCCGUUAUAUGACUCAAAUUGAAGAUGAUGGGGGGAGAUUGAAUUUGGCCUAAUGGCUGGGAAACCAUGGACUGCAAGAGGUUAAAUAUCUCCUUGUUCAAGCAAAGUUUCUCCCAAGUGUCUAUAAUAUGGGCUUUUGAAUUGAUUGAUCUGGGUGUUUAGAGGUGUAAAGAAAAUGUUUGUUGCUUCUAAUUCGGAGUUCAUUUCAAAAAUGUGGGUUUGGAGCUUGGUCUAAAGGAAAGAGCAAGUCAUAGGCCACACUGAUGCAAUGCUUUCUGUGCUUCAAGUUCAACUUUAUGAAGGGGCUGAUACCGUUGCCAGUGAAGCGGUGUUCCAAGAAUCAGUCUAUAUCGACACAAUGUUAGUGUCGGAUUCCUUAGAUGUUAGCCUGAUAUCUCUUGACCUUUGUUUUAUGUUUUUGAUUCCUUUGUAAUUUUAUUUUGAUAAUAAGUUUUCUGUGAGUGCCAAAAGAAAAAAAAAAAGUGUGAUUUUCAACAUCAAGCAUACAACUAUCUUCCAAUUUCCAUUACUAAUAUGAUCCUUUACAGUAACCUGGUGGCAAGCAAUUUCAAUAGACUUACUUUGUGAAGUGUUCCUGUAGAUAUCUAUGUGCCUUGUCUACUGAUGAACUUUGUAGUGCAAUUAUACUCA